AUGCCCCGACAGCCCCGGGUGGCCCGCGGCCGGCCGCCUCCGCCGCAGGGCUCCGUGUCCGCUCGGCCUCCCUGGCUGUCCAGUCCUUACUUCCCCGGGGCCCCACCACGCCGCCUGCUCCCGGGCGUCGUCCUCGAGGGAUUAGAAGAAACGGCUUUGGCACCUCUGCCACCUCUGUGCCACAGGAGGGAGUUCUUUUCCUGCUAUCCUACUCACGUGUGUGCCUUUCGGUGUUUCAGGUCUGCAGGGGGGCCUGGAGGUUCAAGUGCUGCCUCUGGCAGCAAUCGAAGACUUCAGCAGACACAAAAUCAAGUAGAUGAGGUGGUGGACAUCAUGAGAGUCAACGUGGACAAGGUGCUGGAGCGGGACCAGAAGCUCUCCGAGCUGGACGACCGCGCAGACGCGCUGCAGGCGGGGGCGUCCCAGUUUGAAACAAGUGCGGCCAAGCUGAAGAGAAAAUACUGGUGGAAAAAUUGCAAGAUGUGGGCCAUUGGCAUCACUGUGAUCGUCAUCAUCAUCAUCAUCAUCGUGGUGUGGAGUGUUUCCUCAUGAAGAACCAGUGGAACUCCAGCCUGCUGUUUCAAGAACCCUCUUCAAGACUUCGGACUCAGACCUGCUCUGUUACCCGGCUCGUCUGCUGUUAUAUCUCAAACAGUUCUUUUCUGUUCGUUAAUGUAAAAUUUGAUGUCUAGGAAGUGUGCCUUCGUUCUUACUCUGCCCCUGCAGCCGCGUGCUCAGCAAGCCCGGCGCGGCGCGCGCCCUCCGGCUCCACACACGGCUGGUGAGGGCCUCAGCUCCGGCUCUGUGACCAAGAAGCAAUGUCGUCUGACUGACUGCCAUCGGUUCCAGUCAAGGGGACUGUUCCAAGUUAGUUAUUCUCAUCCUAGGAUGUCACCUUGAGAACUGCGUUUUAAACCUUUGGGUAAUCAGAUUUCCAACUUGUGCCUUCCAGAAACACUACUGCCAUGCAAACCUGUGACAGUAACAGGCUGUGCCUUAUUUGGUAUUUUCCUAACCGCGUGUGCGAGAACCUCCCUCUGUUGUAAGUGCUGCUGACUCCUCUGUGCUCAGAAGAAGGUGCUGGAACGAGGCUUUGCACUGACACUAGAUGUGAGGUGCCUACUUUUUGAUGUUAUGGAUAACUACAUGCCGCUAAAAGCAUUAUUUGAAUCAAAAAUAAUCUCUUUAAAACAUUUUUCUAAAACUAUGGCUAUGACCAAAGUUACUCUUUUGCCAAAAAUGUAAAAUGCCAAUAAAAUGACCCAAAAUAGGUUCCCCACAGAUAAAUUCAGACAAGUGCCACUCAGGGUGCCCUCGGGGGUUAAAUCAUGACAUUGUAUGUGAGCCUUCUUCGUCCUGGUGGGCCCGCCUCGCCUGACAGGCUGGGCACAGGCCCUCCUGACGCAGCCUCUUCUCAGGAGUCGGGGGGCUGGACUCUGAGGCCUCAUGCAGGUCGCAGUGUCUCGGCCCUGGACGCCGGCGCGUUCCCAGUAACUUGAGCAACAGCUUGUAACUUCUAGGGAGGCCGUGCAUGGACUGGCCCAGUCCUCAGAGACUAACUUCUGGAGCUGAUGUCCUAUUCUUGCCUGCACUCCACUUUCUAAAUCUGUCUUCUGACUAAUGCUUGCAUUCAGGCGUUGGCUGGGGCGGGGCGCCGACAGGCCAGCGGAACAGGCGGGCUCCACUUCAGCCUCUGCAGUGGGAAGAGCUGCUGCCCCCCAGGCUUGUCCUGGGAACUGGCACCGGGGGUGUAGCCUAAGGGUAGAAAUUCCGGCCCCGGGUCACGGGGAUAGCCAGGGUUCUUGUUCACACGCUGGUCUGCAACUUACAAGGUAGCCUCUGUUGAGGUGCGCCAGGAAAGACUCCAGCUGUUUACUCCUUUCCCUUGGCAUCCCUGUGUGAGGUGGCUGGGCCCCCCUUGCUGGUGCAGGGUACAGAAACGGGCCUCGUCUGCCAAGGUCCAGUCGGCCUGGCCUGGCCUGUCCUGGCUUGCUGCCUGGUGCUUUCUCCCCACGAGUUUGGCGCCCCGCCCCCGCUGGCUCCUGCAUUAACCCAGGAAUACCUCGCUGUGUCUGCCUUUAGCUGGGAAGUCGCCCGCUGCGGUGAACCGAAUAAAGUGUUGAGAAAUGA